AUGCUCUCGUUCAUUACAGCGGGCGCCCUCCUUUGGGCUACCUUGGUGCUGUCCAGCCCGGCUCCACCACCUACCCCCCAAGGAGGUGUUGGACUGGAAGCUACCCCGUCGUACCAUGUCACCUCCGACUUUGAUUUUCAAUCUCUUAAUCUGGCUCUCAAUCAGGAGUAUAUUGAACUUGACCUUUUCCACCAUGGUCUUGCUGUUUUCUCCGUUGAAGAAUUCGAGGCCGCUGGGUUGGACGCCGAAGACCGGUUUCUCAUCGAGUUCAUGGCUGAUCAAGAGGCCGGACACGCAAUUCUCGUCUCUAACAUGCUUGGUGCCCGAGCGGCCAAGCAGUGCAAUUAUACUUACCCUUUCGAUACUGUUCGGGAGUUCGUUGAUUUCUGCCAAAAGCUGACUCGCUUUGGGGAAUCCGGUGUCUAUGGUUUCCUGGAGCAUCUAGACAACCGAGCGAGCGCGGAGAUGCUUCUGCAAUCGAUUACCACUGAAGCCAGACAACAGAUGAUCUUCAGGCAAUUCGAGGGCUUGUUCCCUAUGCCGGUAUAUUUUGAGACGGGUAUCACUCAAUCAAUGGCUUGGACCCUGCUAUCACGUUAUAUUACUCAUUGUCCUGAAGAGAACCCGCGCAUCGAGUGGCAGAACUUCCCAGCCCUUUAUGUCGUUAAUGACCCCACUCAACGGGCUCUUGCGAUGAAUGUUACCCCCUCCAUCACGCAUAAUCUGUCUCUGCCAUUGACGACUCCUGGUCAACAAGUCGAGUUGACCUGGGAGGACCCUGGUAAGACCGUCGGAUAUGAUGGCUUAUACACCACCACGACAACCGCAGGAGCUCCCAAAUAUGCAGCAUGGAUAGCUCAGCUGAACAUCACGUAUACGCCCUUGGAGAACAUCAAUGGGAAUUGCGCGUCCACGAAGCAGCCAAUCGGCGAAGUUUUCGGCGUCAAUACCGCUCCUAUUGUCAACGGCACGAUCUUUGUCCUCAUCACGGAUGAUAACCCAGUCAUUACGCCGGCUAAUCUGUCUCUCUUGAACGCUCACGUCGUAGCUGGACCUGCUAUCUAUCAGGCAGGCUGAUUCUAGCUGGAGAUUAGCGCCGCGGACGAAGGGGGAUCUGACGACGUACGGACACUCACUAUCUACGCUCUUAUUGGACCCUGUCCCGAGUGAUCCGGGUAGUAAAGACAUGGACGGACGUAUUUGC